AUGGACGACUCCUCCCCGAGGACCCUUAGGUCUGUCUUCAGGGAGGCCGAGAACAGGCGGCGCGCCAUCGAGACCUCCUUCGACGCCCGGUCCCCGACGGCCAGCGACGAGCUCAACGCCGCCAUCGCCCUCUACAACGAGGCCCUGCAGCUCGUCGCGCAGCUCUCCGUCCUGAGCCCCAACGAGACCCUCGAGGACCUCGCCACCGGGGACCUGCCGUACCUGCUCGCCGACUACCGCAUCGCCGAGCUGACGCAGCGCCUGCCCACGCCCAGCCCGCACGACCGGGGCCGCGCGCUCGCCCGCGCCCGCGACGCCUACGAGCGCUUCCUGCACCUGCUCGACGCCUACGCCCUCCUCUCCCCGGCCCAGGCCCGCCUCUUCGAGGCCUACACCGACGACCCCACGGGCUUCUCCACCGUGCCCGCCGACCCCUCCGCCCGCCGCGACUCCAAGAUCGCCAACUUCCGCGCCGAGCGCGAGCUGCGCCAGCGCCUCGACUUCCUGCGGCGGCAGCCGGGCUACGCGGACGACGACGAGCAUGAUGGGGAAGAGGAGGAGGGAGGCAGGACAAUACCGGGCGACGAGGAGGCCGUGCGCGAGGCCCGCCUGGCGGAGCUGGCGCUCUGCACGCACAACGCCUUCCAGGGGCUCGAGGGGCUCAACCGCGAGGCCGAGGUGCUGGCGCGGGCCCCCGUGCCGUUGAUGCCGCACGACGCGGGCGUGGACGAGGACGAGCGCCGCCGCCGGGCCGACGACAAGCGCGCCGCCGACACCGAGCGCCUGGACCCGCCCCUGCGGCGCCUGCAGAGCGCCUUCGGCACGGGCGGCGGCCCCCUGCUGACCAAAGAGGGCAAGCCGCUGCAGCCCUUCACGAUACUGGGCAGCAGGGCCGAGCUGGCCAAGGGGGUGUUCAGGCCGGGCCACAACCUGCCCACGAUGAGCAUAGACGAGUACCUUGCUGAGGAGAGGCGGCGCGGCGGCAUCAUAGAAGGGGGCGGUGAGGCGAGCGGGCUGCAGCCGGAGCCGGAUGAGGACAACAUCGACAAGGCCGACAUGGAGACCAUGAAGGCGAGGGAGUGGGAUGAAUUCAAGGAGGCCAACCCGAGGGGCGCUGGAAACACGUUGAAUAGAGGAUAG